GCUCUGGUGGUUACUGCAGUAUCGGUGCUUCUGCCCUAACAGUAAAGGGUCUUUGGUGACCUCGAAUCUGGCUUUAGGCCAGCAGCUAUUUGACAGGUCAAUGUGACAACAGAUCAGUGGAUUUUGUGCUUGUUUUAUUCAGUGUUGGGUAGACAAGGCUGUAUCCCUUCCUCAGGGGAUGCAGAAGAUGUGUGUGCUCUGCUUUAUAAUAUCGUGGACUAUUUGUAAGUGCCACAGGGAAAUUGAAAUAGUAUUAUGUACGUGUCUCUAGCCGGAGCUGCAGGUGCUGGGCUACUGGCUGUCUUCAUGCUUGCAGGAAAGGCAACAUCAAAAUAUUGCGAUGGUGGACACUACUGUUCCCCACCCAAAGAAUGCUGCACCUUGGGCUGCUGCUACAUGUACAUCCCUGGAUACAGGCCACCAUCUGUUCCUCCAACAACAGACAUCUUCAGUAUUGUUUUCUGGAACCACUGGUACUUCUGGUGUUUGCUGGUGGUAUUUUUGGUAUCAUGUGUGGGUGGAUGUAGUCUUUGGCGUCGUUGGCACUGCAGUUGCUGCUGCUGGAGAAGAGGUGAUCCUGGAGGAGGAUCCUGUGAUGACGAACCCAGUUCAGGAAGAGAGUCAGUUACAUCUUGUUAUCCUCCACCUCAAUACAGUCGCUGCUCAUCCUUCCACCAUGCACCACCGCCAUACACAGAGGUGACAUCAAAACCUGACCUGUAUCCACUGGUCAUCAGUUAUGGUGACAAUGGAAAGGGCAGUACUGGUGGAAAUUACCUCAUGGUUCAGUACUUCCGCAACUACAUAGUGAGGCCAGUUGGUUCUCUGUCAGCCACAAGCACUGCAGAUUCACUCAGUUCCAGUUUUCUAUGCAAUGCAGUCAAUGAGGCCAAUACAAUAAUUCCACCACCAUAUUCUUGUGCUGGAAGCUUGGAUGAGUUCCAAACUUCAACACCACUCUCAACCACCUUGCCACCGCCACCUAUGCUAUUACGCUCUGUGUCAUCAAUUACCAGUUUCAGCAACCAUAACAUCUAUGCAAGCAACUCAGCAGAGAACCUGUCACAGACGUCUUCACAUCAGAACAUAUCUCUGUUAACAAUGACUCAGCAGCAACCAAUCACUUCCCGAUCCCCUAGUUGCCUCUCCGGAGACAUGCAACUCCAGCCUGGGCAACAGUUACUGCCAGACAUGUUGCAGCAUCAACAAAGUUUCGUGUCAGCAACAGCCUUAUCAACAACAGGCUCUGAUAUAAGCAGCUUGGCUGGUGUGGGUACCCCUGGUUCCCCUCCACGAGCGACUAGCCCCACUCUUGAGAUACGAGAGCUACUUGGUAAGAUCCAACGGCUGCCUUUCCAACAGCCCAUACCCCUACAGGAACACUGCUCAGAUUACUGUGGUCCUACACUCACUGAUUCUCAAAAUAACAGUAGGAAAAAGAGAUAUCGCAGUCGUGGUAGUGGCAAGAACUUAUAUAUGCCAUUAGGACUUGGAACAGUUGGCUCAGGAAGUUCUUCACGAAGCUACAAAUGGCUGCCUCGAUCUGCACCUACAACACCUUGUACAAACUAUCCACCACCUUUCCUUGCAAGUGCAGUGUCACCACCAAGACCAGCUUCCUCAAGCAACCGACGGCGACAGUCCUCAGGAACAGCAAAAGAAGAUGGAAACCCACUCCUAGCUGAACAUGUUUCAGAUGAAGAGAAUGAACAGGCUGGUGUGAUGUGAUAUCAUUGUUCGCGAACACAGUUCUUUAUUUUUGUCUUAUUGCGGCAGAAAUAUAUGUAGGCCUACUUAUCUUGCAGGAUAACUGCUACGGUCAGUUGUUAAUAUAAGUUUUAGGGUUCCCACAGUGGUGCCUGUUCAGACUGUGCGCGUCUGGGCUAUGACACCAUGUAGUCUUGUAGAUGGAUACUGACAUUUCAGAGGAAUGCUCUAUCUCCAUCUUCAAUGCUGAAAUGUGAAGAAUAAGUAAUUGGUUUGGUUACAAAGCCAGACUGCAAAGAAGUUUGUCACUGAAGAUGUUAUGUUUUCUCAUAAUUCCAUCAUCCUCCUGUUAUAAAAAGCAAACUGAUACCACUGAAAGGAGCUGAAUCCUUGCCUACCACUCCUAUUGGUCAGAUCAGGUUUCCUUGUCUGCUGGAUCUAAGUGACCACAUUCAUUACAAUUUCCUUAUUAUUUAAAAGAAUUCCUUGCCCUACACUUCAAUUCUGAAAAUGGAGGCAGCAUGUUUCUUCAAAAUGUUGGUAUAUGCUUACAAGACUGUAUCGUGUGCCAAACUAGAAGAUAUUUGCUUGUCAACUUCAAAAUUCUUACCAUUUUUCAAAACAUAAAUCUAAAUAGAUAUUUCCUGUUUUUCUUAAAGACAGCUGAACACUGAAUAAUGCUCUCCUCAGAAGCUUCCUGACAAUGUCUCUCGUUAUUUCAGCAAGUAGGCGUGCUAGUCAGGGGUGUGCUCAUAUAACAUAAAAUUAUGGUGAGUUCUCCAUACAGCACUUCCAUGAAGUGAACUUGUGCGUUAUGUGUCAGUCUAAUUUGAUUGAAAGAGCCUCCACCUCUGCUACAAGUAUGCAUACUUUGAAAGAAUAUCACUGUAUUUUCCUGUCUGAAGGAGACAAAUUGUGUGUGCUAUAUUGAAGUUUUAAUACUGAGGUAUUGGAAUAACAAACUAAUUCUACCAAUGGACGUGUUAAUUGAGGGAAUCCCAACAAACUUAAUAAUAAAUAAAUAAACAUAAAAAUGAAAUUAACAAACCAACAACAAUAAUACUGUUGCUGAUGAUGAUAAUAAUGAUGAUGAUGAAGUGAUCAUUCAAUCAGCUUGCAAAAAAGGGAAAUUUUCCAAAAGAAGAACAACGUGUAGUGAUCACUGUUAAUCUGAUCAUGAACAGGAUAACAAUAUUAAUGUUGUUCUAAAACUGCCAUGUUUACAAGUACUGCUGCCAUUUGAAUAUUGUAGUAGGAAAUUUAUUUAGAACUGUAUUUUCUUCAGACUUUUCUCAAUAUUAGCAAUAUUAAUAGUUAAUUCUGUUAAUGGUGGAUGUGUUGAAAUGAUCAGUGCUCAAAAGGAAUAGGAUGAUAGGCUGUAUUAAUUUGUUUAAUUAUGUCACUGGAUUGAUAAUUGGUCACUUCCAUUGAAAUCGCAAUAUUUUAUAUAGAUGAAAAAGACAAAUUGUCAGGAGCCUCAAAUAAAUAACUUCAAAUUUUGUCUCUCUUAUGAGCAUUAGGACUUGAUUUCUAUGGGAGGGGAGAUACCAGGACAUGUCAGUCCCUAGGAUCUUCAUUAGUCUUUGUCCAUGUUCAGUGUAGUGCAUCAUGCAGAGUGCUCUGUUGUUACAUUUUGUGAUUACAGUUAUCUUCAGAGGAUUCAUUACCAUCUAAAUAUUAACUCCUUACUCUAUAGUUAGUCUAAUGCUGAUUCAAAAAUGAAGCCCCAAACUUAAAGACCAAGGAUAUGACAAUGUGCUGUCUGGUAAGGGCUAUUGCACACUUUGGGGAGGGGGGGAUAGAUGAGUAUGGAGCAAUGGUGAAAUGGCGAUUAACAAGAGAAAACUAAUGAAAUUCAAGAAAUAUCUGCUCCAUAGCCACUCCAUGCACUUUAAAUCUCACAUUGGCCAGCUGAGACUGAACCCAAAGUGAGAAGCCUCAUUACAACAUAUUUAAAGAUAAAGAUGUUCCUGUGCUUAACUAAUUAAGCACUACUCCAUGAAGGCAUAUGGGGGAGUGGAUGUCUAG